GUGCGUGUAAGAUGAUACUUGAACUUGAUAGCAAAAAGGAUUUUGAUGCCAAAAUGGCUAUAAUUGAUUUUCAGACUAAGAAGAUUUCAAUCGCUAACAUCAAGCCUGAGUUUCUUGUUGAGAUUCAAAAAUUUCCUUUUCCUAUACAAAAACUUAUUGCAGAAGAAGCAUAUGCCAUUUCAGAAAGAUUACAAGAAGGAAAAAAGAUGCCUAAUCUUAAAAUAGCCGAGUGUUCUUGUAAAUUCUUCGUCCAAUACAUGUUACCUUGUCAACAUAUCUUUCAUGAACAACUUUGUAGUAAUUCCAGUAUUCUGACAUCUGAGUUGGUGGAAGUGCCAUUAAUUCAACGAUCAGAUGCUGAAAAAAAUGCAGAAAAAACUAAGCAAAUUAUAAAUGAAUUGUUUGAAAGAACUAAAGAUCAAUAUUAUUGA